AGAUAUCCUCUACAGAGUGGUCAGAUAAAUCAGUUCACCCUGGGCUGUAACAAAAUGCUGUCUAGUGACUUGUGACAGACAGGGCUUUAACCUCUGACAGCUAGAUUCAUUGUUGGUACAACAGCCAAUCAUCGGUUUUGACGACACGAGUCUAACCAAAGUUGGAGUAUAAAAGCCCUCUUCGAAAAUAUAUGAUUCACCAGUGUGGCAAGUUGUUUCUCGGAUUAUACUCGCCUUUAGGGAUCUGUUUAGUACUGAAAGAAAAAAAUAAGAAAGCAAGGAAGGGAAAAGACUGCACUGAAUGUGAGAUCAUGCAAAAGCUACAAAUCUGUGUUUAUAUUUACCUGUUCAUGCUGAUUAUACUUGGUCCAGUGGCUCUUAAUGACAGUAGUCAGCCAAAAGAGAAUGGAGAAAAAGAUGAACUAUGCAUUGCAUGUACAUGGAGGCAAAAUACAAAAUCUUCCAGAAUAGAAGCCAUAAAAAUUCAAAUCCUCAGCAAACUUCGUCUGGAACAAGCUCCUAAUAUUAGCAGGGAUACUAUAAAACAGCUUUUACCCAAAGCUCCUCCAUUGCAAGAACUGAUUGAUCAGUAUGACGUCCAGAGAGAUGACAGCAGUGAUGGUUCUUUGGAAGAUGAUGAUUAUCAUGCUACAACUGAGACUAUUAUUACAAUGCCUACAGAGUCUGAUUUUCUUGUGCAAAUGGAGGGGAAACCAAAAUGUUGCUUCUUUAAGUUUAGCUCUAAAAUACAAUAUAACAAAGUAGUAAAGGCCCAGUUGUGGAUUUACUUGAGGCAAGUCCAGAAACCUACAACAGUAUUCGUGCAGAUCCUGAGACUCAUCAGACCCAUGAAAGACGGUACAAGAUAUACUGGAAUUCGAUCUUUGAAACUUGACAUGAACCCAGGCACUGGUAUUUGGCAGAGUAUUGAUGUGAAGACAGUGUUACAAAAUUGGCUCAAACAACCUGAAUCCAACUUAGGCAUUGAAAUCAAAGCUUUUGAUGAGAAUGGACGAGAUCUUGCUGUAACUUUCCCAGGACCAGGUGAAGAUGGACUGAAUCCAUUUUUAGAGGUCAGGGUUACAGACACACCAAAAAGAUCCCGCAGGGAUUUUGGCCUUGACUGUGAUGAACACUCAACAGAAUCCCGAUGCUGUCGUUACCCACUGACUGUGGAUUUUGAAGCUUUUGGAUGGGACUGGAUUAUUGCACCCAAGAGAUACAAAGCCAAUUACUGCUCUGGAGAAUGUGAAUUUGUAUUUUUACAGAAAUAUCCACACACUCAUCUUGUCCACCAAGCAAACCCUAGAGGUUCAGCAGGCCCCUGCUGCACACCUACCAAGAUGUCCCCAAUAAAUAUGCUGUAUUUCAAUGGAAAGGAACAAAUAAUAUAUGGAAAGAUACCAGCCAUGGUAGUAGAUCGUUGUGGGUGCUCAUGA